AUGUUGCUGAGGCGGAUACGCCUUCUACUCGUCUUGAGUUGCAGUUUCAGCUUUGCUGCAAAAGUUGACGACAGUGUACAUUAUCUGAUCACUUUUGAACGAGCUGAGAAUGGAUUAGAAGGUGGACAACUGUUGGAGGAUAACGAGAAAGCGCUCAAGGACGACAACUCCAUGCGAAUAUCCACACAGAACAAUGAGAACUACAUCUGUAAAAUGCCCGAGUCUUCGAUGACGAAUGAUAACGAUGUUUCAUCGUACACGGGCCCAACACCUGUUGAAUUAUUGGCCCCUGUUUACAAGGAGAAAUUAUGUUCGUAUCGAGUUGAACCAUAUUGGUCAUAUGAGCUUUGUCAUGGACGUUAUAUUGUUCAAUACCAUGAAGAAAAAGAUAUUAGAGGUGUGGGAAGGAGUGCAGAAUAUUAUCUGGGGAAUCUUCAUGUUGAUUACACUACCGUGACAUCCUCAGCAGAUUACAGCAAUCCUCCUAGGAAGGUCAUUGAUGGAGAGGAACAUGCUUAUUUUCCGGUGUUUUAUAGUCAAGGAACAACAUGUGACAUCACUGGAAAGCCGAGGACAACCACUGUAAUGUAUAUUUGUGUUGAGAAUGCCCGGAACCAAAUCCAUUCUUUGAAUGAGGUUUCAUCCUGCAACUAUGAAGUAGUAGUGCUAUCCAGUCGACUCUGCACUCAUCCGGCCUAUAGACCAAAAACUCAACGGAAUCAAGAAAUAAUCUGUUACAAUACAGAUAAUAAUGAGAACUCUAAACCUUUAUCUCUAGUUCAAAUGGAGGAACAUCAUCGAGACACCUACAAAAGAUAUUCGGCCAACCAACAACAAUCAAACACAGAGGUGGAGGACAGCGAGAAAGUUGAAGAGGAAAUUGAGGAUUCUGUGGCGGAAAGACCAUUGAAAUUAGCCGGUCAAAAGAGAUAUGAAGGUGUCGAUUCCUUAGCAAACAAUCGUUUAAUAGUGGAGGACACAGUGAAUAGGAUUAUAUCCGGCAGGGAAUGUAUCUAUGGAGGUGAAGGAUGGUGGAAGUAUGAGUUUUGCUAUGGAAGGAAUGCUCUGCAAUAUCAUAUAGCACAAAAUGGUGAACGAACUGAUGUAUUGUUGGGCGUAUUCGAUGAAAAAAUUCACAAAGCAUGGAUUGAUGAGGAUCCAAAGCAUCGAUCACCCAAGAAGUACAACAAUCAGAUUACGCAGGUGUCUCAUAUUUACACGAAAGGAGAUAUAUGUCACGAAGUUGGUGCUCAUAGAAGUGUAGAGGUUCGCCUUCGAUGCAAAACUGCUGACGGAAGUCCAUUGGCAAUAUCUAUUUCGUUGUCAGAACCCACUUUAUGUCAGUACAUUCUCACGAUAGAAAGUGAAAGGUUUUGUGAGCCACUUCAGUACGCUGACGAAUACGGUCUUAUUGCGUUGGAACCUCACGACGCGUUUGAUAGACAAGGGGCUGGGCCCGAAUAA